AUGGCCAAGGAUAAGACAACUUCAAGCGAAGACAACUACGACGCAAGACUACCAGCCGUUCUGCCAUUUGCACAGCCUUUGGCCUCGAAAAAGCUAAACAAGAAGGUCCUCAAGACCGUCAAGAAGGCUUCAAAGGCCAAGAACGUGAAGAGAGGUGUUAAGGAAGUGGUCAAGGCCUUGAGAAAGGGCGAAAAAGGCCUCGUUGUCAUUGCUGGCGACAUCUCUCCCCCAGACGUGAUUUCUCACAUCCCCGUCCUAUGCGAAGACCAGGGCAUACCCUACAUCUUCGUGCCUUCUAAACAGGAUCUAGGUUCUGCUGGAGCCACCAAGAGACCUACAUCGGUGGUCUUUGUGGUGCCAGGCAGCAGCAAGAAGAAAGACGGUAAGGCCAAGGAAGAAGAGUACCGUGAAAGCUUUGACGAUGUGGUCAAGGAGGUCAAGUCUUUGUAA